UUUCGUGUAUUUCAUUUGACUUCGUUACUCUCCAAUGCCGCCUAUUAUUGCCACCAACUCAUUUAGUCAAAUUUGUACUUCACUUAUUAAUCCCAACAUCUCUUUCUUCCAUUGUUUAACAAUUUUUAAUGUACCAAGUUUGAAUAAUUGAAUUCCAUCACUUAUUAAUCCCAAAUUUGGUUAAUUCUUGAUCGUCAACCAAUACCCAGUAAUCAGGACUGCAACAAUCAUUUCUAAUGGAAAGAUGUGUUUUGCCAUUGAAUCAAUGCCCAAUUUUUACUUCUAGGGUUUCAUUUGAUUCCCUUAAACCCUUCAAAUUAAGCCCUCAAUUUUUCAUUAAUAGAUCCGUUUCUGGCAUUUCAAUGAACAAUCCCAACUGUAAUUCUCUCAUUCAUGCUCAAUCUCAAAAGUCUGGUUCUGGUUAUAUAUCUGCAACACUUUCAUCUGUUGGUGAUACUCAAGAGCGUGCUUUGAAAAUCAAAGAGUGGGAGGCUAGAGUGCUACAAGAGGAAAUGGCGGCUAGUCAGGGCAUUAAAAUUAGAAGACGGCCUCCAACUGCUCCUCCUUCAGGUUACGAGGGUCCUAUUGAUGUUUCAACGCAGGACAUUUCAAACACUCCUCUUGACGUUUUGGAGGAAAUUAUAUGGUACAAGGACUUUGAGGUUUCACAGUUUAAGGAGAAACAUCCAUUUGAUGCACUUGAAAAAGCUGUUGAUGAUGCUCCCCCAACUAGAGAUUUUGUUGGAGCUCUGAGAGCAGCUUACCAGCGGACAGGAGGGCCUGGUUUAAUUGCUGAAGUUAAGAAGGCCUCUCCAAGUAGAGGCAUUCUAAGAGCGGACUUUAAUCCGGUGGAUAUCGCCAAAGCCUAUGAGAAAGGUGGAGCUGCUUGUCUCAGUGUUCUGACUGAUGCGAAGUUUUUUCAGGGAGGGUUUGAGAAUCUGGAGGCUAUACGCAAUGCUGGUGUGAAGUGUCCUCUGUUGUGCAAAGAAUUCAUCGUAGAUGCUUGGCAAAUAUAUUACGCUCGUACCAAAGGAGCUGAUGCCGUUCUAUUAAUUGCCGCUGUUCUGACUGAUCAAGAAAUCAAACAAUUCCUGGCGAUAUGCAAAAAAUUGGGGCUGGCAGCUCUGGUUGAGGUGCAUGAUGAAACAGAAAUGGAUCGCAUGCUUGGUAUUGAAGGCAUUGAACUUAUUGGAAUCAACAAUCGAGAUCUUGGCACAUUUAAGGUGGACAUUGGCAACACUAAGAUGCUUCUUGAUAGAAGACGUUUAGACAUUUUGAAUGAGAAAAAUAUUAUUGUUGUUGGAGAGUCUGGCUUGUUCACUCCCGCUGAUAUUAGUUUUGUUCAGGACGCUGGUGUGAGAGCGGUUUUGGUUGGGGAAUCCCUUGUUAAACAAGAUGAUCCUGCCAAAGGAAUUGCAAAUCUUUUCGGUAAAGAUAUAUCCUUGUGAGUCUAUAUAACUAUAUAUCAGUUGCACUUAGACGAAUGAUGUUUAUCGUGUUCUAUAAACUUGCAAUAUAUUGUCGUUGUAUCGCCUUGUUAUUAGCAUAAUUCGGAAAUUGAAAUAAAAUGAUGUAUCCAAGCAUUAAUAGGGCUUAUGUCCCUUUUCGAUAUAUCUUAAAUUUAGAGAUGUAGUAGUUAGUAUAACUUGUUGUAGAAGUCUUGACUCGGUCCAAAUCUGAUCCGUUGUCAUUCCUGGUUGUACCUUAUCAUUGCUUCUAUAUUUCACAUGUUUGAGGCACUAAAGUGGAAGUUUGGAACCAUUUUGAAGCACUUGGAAAUCUCUUAUUCAUUGUGAUUUAUGUCUAUCAUACAUUCAAAUAAUCAAACAUAUUUUAAUUUUCAAUUUUAAUCUUGUUUUGAUCCA